UCACCACCCUUUACUUUCACCUCUGCAAAAACCCCCUUUCUUUCUUUCACCAAAAAGUCCCACCUUUUCUUUUAAAAAACCUCAAUUCCCCCAAAAGUCUCCUUCGGCACAAAUACACUAUAAAUCAACAGCAUACUAAACUAAAAAGAAUUCAUCUUCAACCAUUACACACUUUCCUUGGAAUUUCACUCCGUAAUCCCAUAUAAAUUUACAAUCACACCAACUUAUUUAUCAUAAAAACCAUAUCUUAUAGUAAUAUUUGCAACUGGGUUAUUUUUAUUUCCCCCCGCUAUUUUGGUGGGUGGUAACUGGUAUGAUAUAUAUUAAUGGUCUGAGUUAAUUGGGUUAAUCGAUCUUGCAAAUUUUAUUUUUUUGGGUGAUUUAGUAUAUGACCCAUAAUCUAAAAUUUCAUUAUAUGAUUUGGAGAAAGAGAAAGAUUUGUGGAUUUUUUUGAGAAACUAAGGGGUUGUUUGGUGAAAGUGGCAAAAAUGGCGUUGAAAGAAGCUAGAAGACAGAAUCAACAACAUGAUCUUAUACCACUUGCUGCUUUAAUUAGUAGAGAAAUGAAGAAUGAGAAGAUGGAGAAACCAAGUGUGUGUUAUGGUUAUGCUGCACAAUCUAAGAAAGGGGAAGAUUACUACUUGGUUAAGACUGAUUGUCAAAGAGUUCCGGGCAAUUCUUCUUCAACUUUUUCAGUAUUUGCUAUUUUUGAUGGGCAUAAUGGAAAUGCUGCUGCAAUAUACACAAGGGAAAACUUAUUAAAUCAUGUUUUAGCUGCAUUGCCUCGGGGGCUUGGUCGUGAUGAAUGGCUUCAUGCCUUACCUCGGGCACUAGUUGCUGGAUUUGUCAAAACUGACAAGGAGUUCCAGCAUAGAGGGGAAACUUCAGGAACCACAGCCACAUUUGUAAUUGUAGACAGAUGGACAGUUACUGUUGCAUGUGUUGGUGAUUCCCGUUGUGUAUUAGAUGUCCAGGGAGGCACUGUUUCAGAUUUGACUGUUGACCAUCGGCUGGAAGAUAACGUGGAAGAGAGGCAGCGUGUGAAAGCUAGUGGUGGUGAAGUUGGGAGGCUUAGCAUUGUAGGAGGUGUAGAGAUUGGGCCUCUCCGUUGUUGGCCAGGGGGUUUGUGCCUUUCUAGGUCAAUUGGAGAUGUCGACGUGGGAGAAUUUAUAGUUCCAAUUCCUUAUGUGAAACAAGUGAAGCUAUCAAAUGUUGGUGGGAGACUCAUAAUUGCAUCAGAUGGCGUUUGGGAUGCACUGUCAUCAGAAUUGGCUGCAAAAUCAUGUCGUGGUUUGCCAGCUGAGCUUGCUGCUAGACAAGUUGUGAAGGAAACUUUAAGGACAAGGGGGCUCAAGGAUGACACAACAUGCGUAGUUGUUGACAUAAUCCCACCUGAAAAUCAUGUGCCACAAUUGCCACCUCCUAAGAAACAGAGCAAGCUCAAAGCUUUAUUUUCGUGGAAGAAACUUCGUGACUCAAACAAAUCGUCCAAAAAAUUAUCACCUAUAAGUAUAGUGGAAGAGUUAUUUGAAGAAGGAUCAGCUAUGCUUGCAGAAAGAUUAGGAACUGAUGAAUACUCUGCUCAAUCUACUACGCCUGGUCUUUUCAUCUGUGAUGAAUGCCAUGUUGACCUUGCUGCAAUUGAAGGUAUCUCAGUCCAUGCUGGUCCCAUUUUCUCCACCAGCUCAAAGCCCCUCUGCGCUGAUUGUCGAACCAAGAAAGAUACAAUGGAAGGAAAACGCCCUAGCGGUCUCAAGCUUGCUUAAUCCCUAUUUAUCCCAUUUACCACUUGUUUUACCUACCAUUCAAUUCUUUUAAUUCUUAAUUUAUUUAUUUGGUAGGCGAUUCUUUAGUAGUUCUAUUAGGUAGUUUCAACUAGUGCACCUAGUAUAUAUGUAAUCCUAAGAUAUAAUUGAUUAUGUAGUCAUGGUCUAGAAAUAUUCAAGAUGAGAUUUGAGGCUGAACUUUUAUGUUCAGGCGAGCGAAAGCUUGGGGCAUUCAUUCUUCAUGUACAGAGACUUACUAAGCCAGAAGUGCUAAUUUGCAUUUAUCAAUAUAAAUUUUAUAUCUAUUCAAUGUUGAA